UACAACGAUGGCGCUGAAUCUGCGCAGUCCUUCAAAGCACAAUCAAAUGAUCACGCAGUUCAUAAGACACCCCAAAUCCACAAAUUUCGACGGCGAAAACGAUCGGUCUCCCAAACGUCGGCGAAUCGGUGACGUAACCAAGCCGCCGCCCACACCACGCAAGAAUCGCAACCAUGCAGAUCGAGUCGCCGAUUCAGAUACAGAGGAGGAAGACGUUGUUGUAAAAGAAGAAGAGACAGAUACAAAGACGGACCUAGAGAGCGCAUUGCCGCCUAUCGGGACUGGCACGGAGGCUAUCAAGGUAUACGAGGCGUUCAAGGCAUCUCAGGAAGAGAAACCAGAAGGAGCUGAAGACCGCCUGAAAGAUCGAACAUGGGUUAGAGGAAAGAGUUCGCUAUACGUUGAUGCAUUCAAUUUAGCCCUAGAUACAGUGCUGGAAGAAGAACACCACCUGUUUGAUGAGGCCGAGACUGAACUGUUCAGGAUAUGGAGAGAGCUGAAUUAUGAAGCACAGUAUCUCUACGUGCGACUCUUCCUCCGUAAAACAUCUGCAUGGCACCGCAUAAAAAAUCUCGGCUACCAUAGCGACCUCUCAGACAUGGACGCAGCGGUUCAGACCUUACAACGCACGUUCGACUUACCAGCAUCAUCGGCAGAAGUCGAGACACAUCCUGGCGAGCAGGAAACUCCAACCGAUACAACGCUGGCAAAGACCUUCACGUUUGCAGAUCGAUCGGAACACGAGAUUACGACGUUAGACGAAGCAUCUUCAUUGCUACGGCUAGACGAGCUUAAGGCUCUUGCAAAGGACGCGAAAGUUCAAGGAAAGAACAAAAGAGAGCUGUUGACAGCACUGCGGCGGGCGAGCAAGAAGCAAGCCGGUCUGGGGCAUGUGGGCCUGAAACGGUCCGACACAGAGAGCUCUAGGCAAUCCAGACAGUCGAGGCAGUCAUCUGUUUCGGGCACAACGACACCAGAAGUCGAGGAGCCGAAGGCAGGAGAUCUCUCCGAUCUAUCUGAUACCGCGAACCGCGACUCCCACUUCACUCGCAAGAUAAUGAGCGAAACUGGGUCUUGCAUACGGCUUUCAGCAGCGACGAGGAAGCUAUUCGAGCGUGUUCACCUUGUCUUCUACCGCUCGACCGAGUGGACAGAGAAGUCACUGACGACGAUCAUUCUUGCAAAAAUUGCUCGACGCAACUUUCCAGAGUACAUUGUUUCUCGUUCUGCGAACAUAUUCGCUUCACGUCCCUUACUUUUGGAAUACGAAGCAUCAAUACGAACGCAAUUCCGAAUAGACAGCAUUUUAGAGUUUAAUGGGAGGCCAACGGAUAAAGAUUACCAAGAAGUUGUGGAUGUGUUCGAGGACGUCUAUCCACGAUGGCAGUCCCUUGUUGAGGAAGAACAACGAAAAGAGGACAGUGUCUAUCACAGCGGCGAAGGAUCCUACCUACGUCGUCUAUCACCUGCCUGGAUCUAUACCCGAAUCAUUCACAAGGCUAUGUAUGUCGUCGCCCGGCGUAAAGAGCAUAUGCGCGAAUACGAUGUCACCUCCGCCCUUCUCCAACAGCGCCUCUUUCACCAUUCCCGUCGCGGUGCCUGGUACCAGCGCAAAGCGCUCCUUGAAGAGCACUACAUGGCUGCCCUCACUCCUUUAGAGAGGCGUAGUGAAGAACAGCAGAAGAAGCACUGGAAGCGCACCGCCCUGCAAACCUGCGAACGUGGUCUCCAAGACAACCUCGUCCAUAUAAUCCAUCACUACGAUCUGCAAAAACGUGUCACGAAACUCGAGAAAUCCCUUAACAUUCCUAAACGAGCCCAACAUGACUUCACACAUGUGCGCCUCACAAAACCCCUCGAGAUCACUGUAGAAGGAACCCAGAUUUUGCGCGCGCCUCCACUUAACCGACGAAACAGUAGUCCGCACCCUCAGAAUUCCAACCGACGCGGCGGUAAAACGGUGUGGAUCGACCCGCGCGAGACCGGCGAAUGCUCUGUCGAGGCAAUGUGUCUCUCGUACUAUCGCAAUCUCGGGUGGAAAGGUUUCCACAGCGAAGGUGGGAUCGUGCGGACUCUGUUCGCCUAUCUUUUCUACGACGUACUCUUCACGUACGUGCCAAACGUGUUCCAAACGCAAUAUCAGACUUGCCCGCUCGAUUUGCACACAGACGCGUUCUAUCCGACCCGCAUCAGCGAAAUUAACGCGAGGCUGAACGAGAUAAGUAACGGUGACGCACCGGAUAUUAUAAGGAGAGUAUAUGCUGAGCACCACGAGAGGCGGACAUGCGUAGUGGGCCUGGAUUGGACAUAUGAUGUUAAAGACCUACUAGAGAUAGCACACUGUUUCGACGGCGAGGCAUUGGCAACUGUGUGCAGAGUCAUGGCGCAGGAGUAUGGACAGCGAGGGGGCGGUGUACCUGACCUCUUCCUGUGGAGAGUCGCAGAAGAGAACGCAGGUGGGGAGGCGGGCGGGAGCGCGAAGGAGAAGGGUGAAGUCAAGUUUGCAGAGGUGAAGAGUGAGAACGAUCGCUUAAGCGAUACGCAGAGGCUUUGGAUACAUGUUCUCAGUGGGGCGGGCGUAAAGGUUGAGCUUUGCGCCGCUGUAGCCAAGGAAGUCAUUCAGAAAUGA